AUGCCACCAAAAGCCGCUGCCGAAAAGAAGCCAUCCACCGCUGGCAAGGCUCCAGCUGGAAAGGCCCCAGUUGAGGAGAAGAAGGCCGGAAAGAAGACCGCCACCGCUUCUGGCGAGAAGAAGAAGAGAACAAAGGCUAGAAAGGAAACCUAUUCCUCCUACAUCUACAAAGUCUUGAAGCAGGUCCACCCUGAUACUGGUAUCUCCAACCGUGCCAUGUCGAUUUUGAAUUCGUUCGUUAAUGAUAUCUUCGAGCGUGUUGCUACCGAGGCCUCCAAGCUUGCCGCUUACAACAAGAAGAGCACCAUUUCUUCGCGCGAGAUCCAGACUUCCGUCCGUCUCAUCCUUCCUGGUGAAUUGGCCAAGCAUGCCGUCUCUGAGGGUACCAAGGCCGUUACCAAGUAUUCAUCUUCGUCUGCCAAAUAA